UCCAUUCUCUGUAAGUCUCUCUCGAUCUUCUUCUCUUUCUUCUUGGAUCUAGAUCUGUCUAGAUCUCUCCCUCUCCUCUCUCAAUUUUACAUGGGCCCAGCAGGAAGGAGCUUGAAAGGUGGCAAUGGCAAGUGGUGAUGGUCCCCUUUUUUUUUCGUAAAGGGGUUAGGGUUUGUGAUUUGGGCUGGUACAAGCUUUUUGGCCCCACCAAGCUCAAUUAGGUUUGGUCCAUUUGGAGCAAGGCUCAGGUUUGAGCUCAAGUCCAGUUGGGGUUGGAGCUUGGUAAAAUUUUUGGGCUGAAGCUUGGCCUGAAGCUUGAAUUCUUUUUUUAUUUUUCAAGAUGGGCUCAGGCAGUAGGAAAACCCGAGUCGGCCUGGCCUAGUUCCAAUCCUAACCGGGAUGCCACCGCAUCUUCAAGUGUUGGUACCAUACAAACUUGUUCUUCAAUCAGUUUUUGUCACUAGGACCUUGACUUUAAACCUUGCUUUUUUUCGAUUAGAUUAAAUAUUAAUAACUGCUAAUAUGCUAAAUUUGGAGUACAUGUUAAAUGCCUAAAUAUGUUUCAAUGGUUCAUGUACCACUUAUUGCCUAAGAUAAAGUUGGCACGAUAUUCUAUAUUUGCUCCAUAUUUAAGUGUUGUUCCUAAAUGCAAGAUGCAAGAUAAGUUGCGGACCCAUUGAUUACUGUUAUCUGCUAUAUUCUCUGAUUGUUAAUUCGAGUUAGAAGAUUUACUAAGUUUGAGAUGUCUAAGUUUUUGUUAUAUCAGAAUUCGGAUACUUGAGGCCUAACAUUUAUUAUAUAUCUGUAUCGUGUAUUGCUUAAUCUUCACCAUUCGGAACACCUCUUACUUGUCCUUAUGUACAUUGUUUCUUUAUAUUUCCAUUUUGUCAUUCAGUCUCUAUUUAGAAAAGCAUAUAAGAAACUAUGCAAUUUCUCAAUAACCUGUUCACAUUAAUUUUGGUACAGUCCCUUUAUCUUGGCCAUCUCUCUUUUUUUCCUGGAAGUUUGAAGUUAUACUAAUAAUCCCCUUUAUUUUAAUUUUGCAAAUUUGCAUCUUAUGCACCAAUUUAUUAAAAAUCAUAUAGAAGAGAAGUGAAGACCUUGCUCGUGCUUCUGUAGAGCGGAUGGAAGUUGGAAACAACAUAAGUAGCAAUACAACCUUGGGAUCUAAAGUCAAUAGUACUAUGCUACCCCAAUUAUCUGCUCCAAAUAUCGGCAACACUAUUUAUGCAGAUGACUAUUACACUCUGUUGUAGUGCUGAACAUUGUAUGUUUCGGCAGUCAUUCUCUACCAUCUCCAUGAAUACGCACUCGCUUUAUCAGUUCUAGAACGAUUAUAUCAAAAUAUAGAACCCAUUGAUGAGGCAACAGCUCAUCAUGUAUGCUUCUUUUACUGGAUGUUGCAUUAGCUUGCCAAGAUGCAUCAAAAGCUGCAGAUGUAAUUCAGUAUAUGGAAAAGUCUUUUGGUGUUCGACACAUGAUAAAUCAAGUUGAUAAUGGAAGCAUUAAUCAACAUCAGUCUAACCAUGGAUCCAAAAUUUCUGCAACAAGUAACACAAUCGGUCCAGAUGCCUCUGGUUCAGAUUCAAGUAGCAGUGCAAUUGUUUCCGAGAAUGUUCUGACAAGAACUUUAUUGGAUGACACGCUGGAGUAUGAGACAUUGUACUCAACAUUGGAUACUGGAACUCAGAAUUUGGGCAGGUCUGCCUUGAAUGAUUGUUCAAAUUCAUCAGCUGAUCGAGCCGCUUCGGCCAUUGAUCUGAAACUAAAUUUGCAUCUUUACAAGGUCCGACUACUUCUUCUUACAAGGAACCUGAAGGCUGCAAAGCGUGAAGUUAAGCUUGCUAUGAACAUUGCACGGUGCAGAGAUUCAUCUGCAGCACUUCUUUUGAAGGCGCAGGUAGAAUAUGCUCGUGGUAACCAUCGAAAGGCUAUAAAACUGUUGAUGACGUCUAGUAACAGGACAGAAGCAGGAAUGCUUAGUAUGUUCAAUAACAACCUUGGUUGUAUAUAUCACCAGCUUGGGAAACACAACAUUUCAACUCUGUCCUUUUGUAGGGCACUGAAAAGCAGUACGUUACUUCAUCCUGAGAAGCCUCUGAAGCUUCCUACCUUUUCACAGGAUAAAUCUCUUGUUAUUUUAUACAACUGUGGGCUACAAUAUCUAGCUUGUGGAAAGCCACUGGUUGCAGCUCGUUGUUUCAAUAAAGCCCGAUCAAUUUUUUUGAACAGGCCCCUUCUGUGGCUCCGGUUUGCUGAAUGCUGCCUUUCAGCUUUAGAGAAGGGGCUUUUACAACCUAGUGGUGCUUCAUCAUCAGGUGGCGAGGAGGUUAAAGUUCAUGUUGUUGGUACAGGCAGAUGGAGGCAACUGGUGAUUGAUGAAAAGAACCUGAAAUAUAGGUGUUCAGAUGGCCCAGGAGAAGAUGGUGCAAUCAGUCUUGAUGGUCAGUUCAGGCUCUCGCUUCCAUUUGCCCGGCAGUGUCUGCUUAAUGCUCUGCAUUUGCUGAAUAACUUUGAACCGACAAAAUCUGGCGCUUCGGACUCCAAUAAGGAAGAUGGCGGCGGCCAAGAAAUCUCCUUUGGUGCCAGGAACUCAAGCCACAGGAACGCAUUAUCUGGAGAUUCAAAGGCAUCCAAUGCAACAUCAGCCUCUGCAGCAGCAGGUGCAAAUGGUGAUUCUAAAGAAGUUAAAGGAGGUACGAGCUCGAGCUCAACCUUGCAGAGUUCUGUCACUGCAUACGAGGACACAUGCAAGAAAGUAAACAACCUGAUAAAGCAGGCUGUUCUUGGUGACUUAGCUUAUGUGGAGUUGAGCCUUGAAAAUCCUUUGAAAGCAUUAGCUGCUGCAAAAGCACUUCAGCAUUUGCCAGACUGCUCUAGAAUUUACAAUUUUCUUAGUCAUAUUUAUGCUGCUGAAGCUCUUUGCCACCUGAACCGACCUAAAGAAGCUGCUGAACAUCUAUCAAUCUAUAUUUCAGACAAGAACGAAGUUCAGUUUCCAUACAGUGAUGAAGACAGAGACUUAUGGAGAAUGGAGAAAGGUGGAGAUGGUGAGGAGUUGGGCGGUCAUUUGAAUGCCAAAACUAGUUUAGAGGAGCCUCAAGGUACAGUGUUCCUGAAGCCUGAAGAGGCUCGUGGGGUCCUUUAUGUAAAUCUUGCUACGAUGUCCAUAUUGCAGGGGAAUCACGAGCAGGCUAGCCGGUACGUGAAGGAAGCUCUUUCGGCAUUGCCUAACAAUCCUAGAGCUACACUUGCAGCCAUUUAUGUUGAUCUCCUACUUGGGAGAAUACAGGAUGCUCUCGUCAAAUUGAAACAGUGUAGACAUGUUGCAUUCGUCCCUGGAGGUGUAAAAUUGAGACGCACAUGUUGAUUGUACCAAUGACAUAGUUGAUUAGCAUUCCCAACCCCUACGGAAUAUUAUCUAGAGGAGAAUCGUAGAGUUAUGUGUACCAUAAGUUCAAGUGAUCGUCUAAUCAGUGUUUUUCAUUGUUCAGGUUGCGGUGGCGCUGCACAUUGUUUUAAUAUGCAGGUGCGCACCUUUUGAGUUUGAGAUGCUCAGACUCGAGCAGAGAGAGAUUAGUUCCUUUGGAAAAAGCUUUUGGAAAAUACAUUGAUUCAGGAAAAGAAAUGCAGAAUAUCUCUUCUUGCUUGCAACGCUUUGAUUUCAGUUUUGUGGUUACCGUAAUGCAAUUAUGGCCGCUGACCUCUUGUUCUUAAACCCAUCUGGGACCUUACAGAGACUUUUUACAAGCUGAUAGCCGCAGCCUCUGAAUGCGGACAUCCAGCAAAAAUCCCCUUUUUAACUUGUGUGCGAAGGCAAGCAGUUUGACACGGACCCACAGCCCUAACGCUCUCUCCUACUCGAAAGGGACGCCGCCCGCCUAUGGCGUGGGUCUCAUGUGAUCUUGGCGUUCCAGUGAGGGACUCGCACGAUUGAUAAAGCUGUGACGUUUCCCCGGACCUGGCCUCGAACAUCAUCUACCAUGGAUUCGCAGUCUUAAGCGACUGAGUAGUGGAUCGAUCCAGACUUAUAAACCUAUGUGGCAUCCAUUCAUCAGCUGAUGUGGGACUAUGUGAUGAUCACCUUCUGACAUUUGUUAUGCCUUUCAAGAAGAGCAAGACACCUGCUCGCAUGCAGCCAUCCUACGACCAACCUUUCCAGUGUUUCCAGGCAAGUCUUCUCCCAGCAGACGAUGAGCUUGACCGUGUCCCCUGGGCAUCUUUGAGGGGGAAUUUCGGUGGUUUUUAGCUUGGCUCCUCAGGCCAUGGGAUUGCAUAGGGUGGAUAAUAGGAGAAUGAGGAAGAGGGCUGCAACUGUCCAACCACGGUUUUCUUUUAGUAGCUGCCCUGGUUGUAUGCCCCUUAUAAUGUGGAGUCUCUUGAGGUGGAUGCCAGCUUGCUUAGUUGGACACUUCAUUCCCCUGCUCUUUUCGGCGAAAUUAGUCGAGUGAACUUGGCAGGUUAUCCUUUUUGCCGGCUGAUUUUAAUGGACAUUGCAUGCUGAGGGUCAGACCAAAAAAGAGGUAAACCUUCCCAAAUAUUGCACGAGCCUGUCCAAAUAUGGUAUAAGGAAGACUCUGAAUACUAAUUGUUUGUGAGGAGAAA